GCCGGUCCCCUCGGGGUGCUGCCCUGCUCCAUCAUCACAGAGAACAAGUGAAGAAAUCAUGAAUCAUCAGUGAGGGCCUGAAGUCGAAGCUUCGAUUGUUUAUUACAAACGAUUGAUUUGUUCGCCCUGUUGCUUGCAGUAGUCUAACGUGACUUUAAAUAGCUGACAUUCGAGUAAAAUAUUUAGUUUGUGUUGGCGUUGCAAAACCGGUGGCCUAAUUUUGGGGGCUUUGACGUUAGCUAGCUAGCUAAACCUACCCAAGCUCAGUUAAACUUGUAAACACUUUUGUGAAAGAUGGCUGACAAUGGCGCACACACGACUGAAGAGGACCCAGCCGCAGCUUUCCUGGCUCAAACGGAGAGCGAGAUAGCGGGGAUAGAGAACGACGGCGAAGGGUUCGGGGCGCUGGAAGGAGCGGACGACGAGCAGACGUCUCCGCCGGAGCCGACACCGGCCAACUACGACGGUUUCGAAGAUGAGCUUGCCGCUGUGAAUGGGGAAAUGUUUCAGGAGUCCAAUGGCCCAACAGACAACUAUGCAGCUAUCGCCCAGGUGGAUAUUCAGAGGCAAGAGCCAGAGAGUUUACGCAAGUGGAGGGAGGAGCAGAAGACACGCCUUGAGGCGUUAGACUUGGCAUCCAAGGCAGCAGAGGCCGAGUGGAGAGACAAGGCCAAAAAGGAGCUGGAGGACUGGCACGUACAUCAAAAUGAGCAGAUGGAGAAGAACAAGGUCAACAACAGGAUUGCUGACAAGGCUUUCUACAAACAGCCUAACUCUGAUGUUAUAGGCUUUGUGGCGUCAGAGGAGGAUAUCCUGGCAGAGGGCAACGGCGACAGUCCAGGAUCCGAAUGGGAGAGAGUAGCCUGUCUCUGUGACUUUAAUCCGAAAACCAACAAACAGGCAAAGGAUGUUUCUCGUAUGCGUUCUGUCCUCAUUUCUCUCAAACAGACACCUCUAGUCCGCUAGAGGAACAAUGUUGUUCUAGAAACAUUGCCUUUUGAGCUUUAACCUCACAAUGCAUCAGAAGAGUUUGUAUGCCAUUUUCCAUAAAUUCCCUGGUAUGUUUAUAAUCUUUGAAAACUUCCCGCCUUUCUUGAUGCCUAAUAUAUAUAUUGAAAUAAUAUACUUACUCCCACUCUCUUGUGAGAAGAUGGACUGCUCUAUUGUUACAUCCUUUGGCUGGUCAGUUUUAUCACUGCUAUAUUUAAGAAAAUAUUGUUACUGUAAGUUCAACAUUUUCCUUCCCUUUUAUCUUAUAAAUUGUCAUUAGGUCAGUUUUCUUGCAUGCCUCUGCCAAUAUUUUGGAUGCACAUUUUAUAGUUGUUUUAUAAAUUAGCAUUUUGGUCGAUGUCAAACACUUAAGCACUACUAUGCUUAUUAGAUUGUAACCACUUAUGCCUCUCAUCUAUGUAGAAUCAACACAGUCUUAGUUCACAUUUGUUGUAUUGUACCCCUAUUUACCAUAUUUAACAUUGCGAGCAUAUUUUUCUCUUUUAAAUGCAUAAGCUUGUGGCCUUUUUAGACGUAGCUCUUACUCCAGUUCGAGAUAGAUUUCUUCUUCAAUUAGACAAGAUCUCAGCAAAAAAAUUAAUUAGCAACCAAAGAUCUAAAUUUUCAGAUUUAACACGAUUAACAUUUGUGCAAUUUCUCAUUUCACUGAAUUUCUCAGCAGAAGUUUUAUGCACCCUUUCUGUGUUAAACCAAUAUGUUUUAGUUGUUUUUUUACAGUAAUCACUAAGGUGUCAAUUUCAACAGUAAUGCCUGCACAUUGUUUCACAUGUUGCCUAUUUGGACAUUAUGAAUAAAGAAACAAGUGAAUUUUAAAAGGGAACUGGAAAAUAAAAACAGUAGAGUAUGAUCACCUAAA